AUGGCGGCUGCAGCUGUGGACACAGUUAAUGCUGCCCCCGUGGCAGGGUCCAAAGAAAUGAGUUUGGAGGAACCAAAGAAGAUGACCAGAGAGGACUGGAGAAAGAAGAAAGAGCUAGAAGAACAGCGAAAACUGGGUAAUGCUCCUGCAGAAGUUGAUGAAGAAGGAAAAGACAUCAACCCUCAUAUUCCUCAGUAUAUUUCUUCAGUGCCAUGGUAUAUUGAUCCAUCAAAAAGACCUACUUUAAAACACCAGAGACCACAACCAGAAAAACAGAAGCAGUUCAGCUCAUCUGUAGAAUGGUAUAAGAGGGGUGUAAAAGAGAAUUCCAUAACUACUAAGUACCGCAAAGGAGCGUGUGAAAAUUGUGGGGCCAUGACACACAAAAAGAAAGACUGCUUUGAGAGACCUAGGCGAGUUGGAGCAAAAUUUACAGGAACUAACAUAGCUCCAGACGAACAUGUCCAGCCUCAGCUGACGUUUGACUACGAUGGGAAGAGGGAUCGGUGGAAUGGCUACAAUCCAGAAGAACACAUGAAAAUUGUAGAAGAAUAUGCCAAAGUUGAUCUGGCAAAACGGACACUGAAAGCCCAGAAACUCCAAGAAGAACUGGCCUCAGGAAAGUUGGUGGAACAGGCUAAUUCUCCAAAACACCAGUGGGGAGAAGAGGAACCAAAUUCUCAAAUGGAAAAAGAUCAUAAUAGUGAGGAUGAGGAUGAAGAUAAAUAUGCAGAUGAUAUUGACAUGCCUGGACAGAACUUUGACUCUAAGAGACGGAUUACUGUUCGGAAUCUCAGGAUUCGAGAAGAUAUUGCAAAAUAUUUGCGGAAUUUAGAUCCAAAUUCUGCUUACUAUGAUCCCAAAACUAGAGCGAUGAGAGAAAAUCCCUAUGCCAAUGCAGGAAAGAAUCCAGAUGAAGUGAGCUAUGCGGGAGACAACUUUGUUAGAUACACAGGUGAUACCAUUUCAAUGGCUCAGACACAGUUGUUUGCAUGGGAAGCCUAUGACAAGGGAUCUGAAGUGCAUCUGCAGGCCGAUCCUACCAAACUAGAGCUCUUGUAUAAGUCCUUCAAGGUCAAAAAAGAAGACUUCAAAGAACAGCAGAAAGAAAGCAUCCUGGAAAAGUAUGGUGGCCAAGAACAUUUGGAUGCUCCUCCAGCUGAAUUGCUUUUAGCUCAGACAGAAGACUAUGUGGAGUACUCAAGACAUGGGACAGUCAUUAAAGGACAGGAGCGGGCUGUCGCCUGCUCCAAAUAUGAGGAGGAUGUGAAGAUCCACAAUCAUACACAUAUCUGGGGAUCUUACUGGAAAGAAGGCAGAUGGGGAUAUAAAUGCUGUCACUCUUUCGUUAAGUUUUCCUAUUGCACUGGAGAAGCUGGGAAGGAGAUUGUUAAUUCAGAGGAAUGUAUUGUAGAUGAUAUAAUUGGAGAAGAAUCCAUGAAAAAACCUCAAACCCUCAUGGAGAUACAUCAGGAAAAACUAAAAGAGGAUAAAAAGAAGAAAAAGAAGAAGAAGAAGAAGCAUCGAAAGAGCAGCUCAGAUAGUGAUGAUGAAGAAAAGAAACAGGAAAAACUGAAAAAGGCACUGAAUGCAGAGGAGGCCCGCCUUCUUCAGGUGAAGGAGCUCAUGCAGGUUGAUGAGAGGAAGCGGCCUUACAAUAUCCUCUAUGAAACCCGGGAGCCCACCGAGGAGGAGAUGGAGGCCUACAGAAUGAAGCGCCAGAGGCCCGACGACCCCAUGGCCUCUUUCCUUGGACAGUAG